AUGGCGUCGUCUGCUGAAGUUGUAGUACAUGCUGAUCCUCAGCCCCCUGAGACAGCAGCAAAUGCUCAGCCCCUGGCCCCUGAGACAGCAGCAGAUCCUCAGCCCCUGGCCCCUGACACAGCAGCUCAUCCUCAGCCCCUGGCCCGUGACACAGCAGCUCAUCCUCAGCCCCUGGCCCCUGACACAGCAGCUCAUCCUCAGCCCCUGGCCCGUGACACAGCAGCUCAUCCUCAGCCCCUGGCCCCUGACACAGCAGCUCAUCCUCAGCCCCUGGCCCCUGACACAGCAGCUCAUCCUCAGCCCCUGGCCCCUGAGACAGCAGCUCAUCCUCAGCCCCUGGCCCCUGAGACAGCAGCUCAUCCUCAGCCCCUGGCCCCUGACACAGUAGCUGACAAAGCAGUCUAUCACUGCCAGGCCUGCCAGAAGACUUUUAAAAGUAAACCUGGUUUAAGACGUCACCAAAUAGGUUUCCACGACAACAACCACCCUUUCAGGUGUCAUGAGUGUGGUAAAGGCAUGUUUAGCCGACUCAGACUCGCAGAGCAUACUGCGAAGCAUCAACAAAUGGGGCUCAAGAAAUGUAAGAUUUGCAGGAAAGCUCCAAGAAGCGUGUCAGGCCUGCGGUACCAUGAACAGCUGCACAACAACGACCCACCACUUCACAAGUGUGACUUGUGCGAGAGGACUUUCACGAUAAAGAAAAACAAGACUGAGCACAUGAGAACACACACGACAGAGUACACAUGCGACACAUGCGGCAAAAAGUUCAAAAGCAAAAAGUCUGUGGCUGCUCAUCUGAAAUACGCGCACUCAGACAAUGCCAUAGACUUUACAUGCACUGAGUGUUGGAAAACCUUCAAAAGAAAGCAGUACCUUAAACAACACCAAGCCACUCACUCGGAAACCAGGCACUUCACAUGUGACAAGUGUGGGAAACAGUUCAAAACCAAGCAAAAUCUGCAGAAACAUCAAGGCAGCAAAAACUGUGGAGUUACGCCGAAUACUGGAGACAGCAUUUGGGAGUAG